UUUACAUUUUGUCGUGAUUUGUUGGGGAGAGCAAGUUUUUUUUCCUAGAUUUUGUUGGAGUUAUUUUUUCUACUAACGUGACUGAAACAAUACAGUUUAAAAAUACAGUUUUAUUUAGUUCGAAUUUCCUUUAGUUUUGUUGUGAAUUAAAUUUGUAGUUUGUGACUCGAAUAGACCGUUUUUUAAGUUUAGGAAAAUUGCUAAUUUUUAAAAAACUGUGAUAUGUGACAAUGCUAUAUCGUGGAAGAGACAAAAAAGAUUUUUAUUUGGCUUCACUGUUGUACGAUUCAAUAGAAUUCAGGCAUUUCGAGUCUGUCAAAUCUCUUUUGACAGAGAAAGGAGCGGAUCCUAACCUUGUUCUGUCGAAAAAGGGUAUCUCGCCAUUCCACUUGGUGAUAGGCUGCGAAUCCCACGAUUUCUCACUCAAAGUGACGUCACUGAUUUUACAAAAUGGCGGCAAUCCGAACGUGAGAUCAGACGAAGGACUUACUCCAGUCCACAUAGCAGCCGCUUGGGGCAAAGUCGACAUCCUCAAACUUCUGCUGCGCAAUGGAGGCGACCCCGAGGCGAAAGACCUCAAUCGGAAGACUCCGCUGCACUACGCGGCAUCGGAAAACUUUACGGAGUGUUUGGAGCUGCUCCGGGCUUACGUGCCGGAAACCGGAAGUCUCCUAGCGCAGAAUGACGCAUCGGACGUGAACUGUUUAGUAUUAGAUAAGAUCGUCGUCAACAACGGCCACGUUGUCGGCGAGUACGAACUCGAACCAGUAUCGACCCCGAUCAGUAUUAACCUAGACGAUAAAAACCUGCACACCCUACCCGAAACGGACGCCACUGAGUAUAUUCUCAAUUGGUUUGACCAGCAACAGAGCGUGACCAGCAGCACCCCCACCGAUAGCUUGGAGAGGCAUUUUGGCAGUGCCACAAGCCUGGACCAAUCGGACAACUCGGUUGCUGAAUCUGAAGGCGACAGGAGUAGCAAGCGAUACGAUCAGCAAUAUAUCACCUUCAGGAAGGUUUAUACAAAGACUCGUAAGAAGUCAUCACCCAACCAAAGUCCCCAGAAACCCAAAGACUGCGUACAUCUAGACACCACGAUCUCCAACGAAAGACCACCUAAUUCUUACGCCUUUCAAUACCCCAACUUCGAGCUAACCCAGAUGGAAGACUACUCGAAAGAGAGCGGAAUAAACACCCUCCCACCCACUUUCAGAGAUACCAGCGUCGACUCUUGGAACCAACAUUCCGAAGCCUCCAAGCAUUUCAACAUCUCAAACAACAAGAACGAAAGAAGUAGUGACUACCUCACCUGCUCUCAGUAUAGUAUCGAUGCUUUGGAAAAGAACAUUUUCGAAAUUACUGAGGAUUUGAGUAAUCUGCAAGUGGAUGCGGCGUUGCCGGUGGAGGAACGACCGAAUAGCACCAAUGGCAGCCAGGAAUUGAGCUUUGUCAGUGUAUCCGAGGUGUAUAAGUACAUCGAUCAAGGGGAAGGUGUGGUGUUGUAUGAAAAAAGACUCCUGAAAACACCAAGUGAAUAUGCCAAAAGCGUCAAGUCGUCCAACUUAUCCUCGCUGCAGUCCACGCUUCCAGAAGCAUUGGACUAUGACACAGACACUUUAAGAAGAGAAUUAACGCAGCUGGGGUACAGUGCUGGUCCAAUAACGCUUACCACUAAGAGGGUCUAUCUUAAGAAACUGUACCAGUUGAAAAAACACCCUCCACCUGCAACGAAAGAACUAACAAGUGCAGUAAAAAAGCGAGUUUACUCUUUGGAAUUGGAAAAGACAUUACGCAAUGCCGAGUGGCGCAUCAGCCUGGAAAGCUACAAAACUCUCGAAGCUCAACUCAGCGCACAAUUCAGCAAACCAGAUCCUUCCAGAAAAUGGCGAGAAGGAGUGAACAAAAGCUCGUUCACUUACCUUCUCCUGGAUCCCCGCGUCACAAGCAACCUUCCAUCCAGAGCUGAUAAUCUUCCACCUGAAAAAAUCUGGGAAACUUUUUUGUCGGCGAUUUUCUAUGUGGGUAAAGGGAAGAGAUCCAGACCUUACCAGCACCUUUAUGACGCCGUCCAACUCUGGAAAACUCAGGAGGCUCCUUCAAGUAAAAAACUGAAGAAAAUCGUAGAUGUUUGGAAUGAUGGAGGUGGUGUGAUAUGCUUACAUGUUUUUCUUAACAUCAUUCCAGUGGAAGCUUAUACUAGAGAAGCUGCCAUGAUUGGUGCUCUUGGUUUGGAGAACUUGACCAAUGCAAAAGGUGGAGAAUUUUACGGUGUUGCCGCUACCUGGAUGAGCAGACAGAAAAGAAUGCUAGGUGUCUAUUUAUUGUACAGAGCCAUGGGGAUUUUUCUAAACGAAGGUGAAAGACAACUAUAUCCAGAGGAUAUUAAUUAAAUUUUGUGUGACGUGAAGUAUAUAAAAAUAAUUUAAGAAUGUCUAUUUUAAUUUUACUCAUAUUGGGUACUGCAAGAAUAUACCUCUUAUAUAUUUACUUUAUAUAUUUUUAUAAUAUAUUAGACGUAUUUUUUGGAAAGAGAUUAAUAUGAUUUCUGAUGUCUUCUAUUUGGGGAGAUUAACUUUAUUUUGUAGCUGUGAAAAUGCAAUAUACAGAGAUAUAUGACUAAAGUAUU